CCUCUUUCUCCUUCAAUCGACAUGUCCUGGUGUGGCUUCGCUAGGUGUGCCGCUGGUCCCUCAAAGCAGGCGGCCAACACUCUUGGCUCGGCGCGUCAGUAUGCUACUCGCCCUGUUCGAGAAAAUCGGAAGUUUAGAGACAAGGAUUUCCGUUCCAGCAUAGGAGGUUUUCAGGCCUGGGCGAAUGGUGAUGGCAAAGACUACGCGUAUCCCAUUCCUGGUGGCCGGGCCAAGUGGCUGGGAGGACGCGUUCUUUCGACCUCCCCCUCCCCUCUCCAACGCCGUUCAAGAUCGCAUUUACACGCAACUACAGCAAGGUGACAAGGACGUUGCGACCUUGGCAUCUGAGUAUUGCAUUAGCAAGGCUAGGAUACAUGCUAUACACAAGCUCAAGCAAGUCGAGGCAGAGUUUCGACGUCAAUCGCUACCUCUGCAGGAAGCUUUCCAAUACGGAAUGGAGCCACUUUUGGAUAUGAAAUCCCCGAUCGACCCGUCUACGCGGCAGUACAGUGAACGGUCAGCCCGGGAGGAGGCUAGAGCUCGCGCGUCAGAUGUCAGUCAUCAGACUGAGAUUGUGGAAGAGACUCGCUGGGAGAAUGGUCAAGGAGCUGAGGGAUCAUUCGGAGAGCCUAUACAAGGAUUGGAUAAUCGCCGAGUCGAAGGUCUGGCUUGGGAAUGGCGUGAUGAGGAGACUAUGGGCGAAAUCCAGCCUGAUCGCUUCACCCUUCCAAAGCGCGCCCAGAGGGAGAGGAGGGACACAUCAGUAGUGGCACCAGCUCAAUUGCUACCUGCUCAAGGCAGCAAGAGUGCGAUCCGAUUCAUCGACAUGUCCAAGGUGGGCAUCCCCCAGGAGGUGCAAGUGGCAAGACGUUUGCAAUCGCGAGCCCACCAGACCUCGAAACGUAAAGCUAGACGAGACGACGUCAGACGACGAGCUUCUUCCCCGGCUCCAAAGUCAGAAUGAAUAGCCAUGCAUACAUGCAGAAUAUGACUGCAGUUGGAGAUGCAGCGAAAAAGUGGGAAAAAGGGAGGAGCAAGGGAUCUAC